CUAAGCACAGAGGCUUAGCCAAGAGAAAGGGACGUCUCCCUCGUCUGCUGGGAUGGAACAAACCCGCCCGCUUAGAGAGCGCUGAGAUCCCCAAGGGUCCCUCGCAGCCUUUAGCAGCCAACAUGACUUGACUGCUCCCGGGUCCCGCGCGCUCCCCACUCUCUCCAGACGCCCCCACCCAUUCCGGGUGCGCGCGCAAGAGCGGGCCAGCUUCCCCUAGCUGUGCGCUCCGCAGCCUGCGGGUGGCAGCGGCGGUGGCGACUGUCUCUCGGGGAAGAGGGUAGCCAAGGGACCGCGGAGGAGGAGUCGGCGCCGCAGCCGCUCCCCUCGGGACCGCGCCCCGCCUUCGGUCGCCACCUGAGCAUCCCCUCCUGUUUCUCUAGCUGCUCCGGUCUACCCUACCAUCCCCUAGGGGACCGUGUGUACUCUCAGUGCCGCAGCUGCGGUGUCAUUGCGCCCAGUGAUCGGGACACUCGGAUCUUGGUUCCCCUGGGGGCUUGGGACGAGCUGCACCGGCCGUGGUGACAGGCGACGGAGGCACCAGCGCGCAUCCCUCCCCCGCGACGCUUAGAGAAGCGUGUAGAAAACUGGUGUGACUUUGGAGGUCCGACUCCUCCUUCCGGCCAGCCUCGCGACACGCCACCUCCUGAGACAGGCCAGUGUGUCCGGCAGGCCUGAAGGCUCCUGUAGGGACUUGGAACGUGUCCGGGAACCCGUGGCGCUGUGCGCACUGGUGAGUUUUGCGGGCGGGGUGGGGGCGGAGAGGACGUAGCGCUGGAUCCCUGCUCCCGCCCCUUUCCUGCUGUCCCCCCCACUUUGAGAGAGUCAUUGAGAUUUGAGCGUGACUGCGGAGCCGGGAUGGAUGCGGGCACCGGGAGCAGGCUUUUCCUCCUUCUGGAGUGAUGGAGAGGGCCGGUGAGCUGAACAAAGACACCCGCCCGGAGGAGCCGGUUCUCUGCUGAAGAAGGCUGUCCUCGCCCCGAGACGGCCGCCUGCGGGCGAGAGUGUUGGCGGUGCAACUCCAGGAGUGGCGCGCUCUUCCGCCGGCGGGCGCAGAGCAGGAGCCGGGCACCUGCGCGCCACUCCCGCCACAUCUCCGGAGCAUCCAGACUACCACCGGGUUGUCCCUGAAGGUCCACGUCUCCAGAGGUCCGAAGUCCAAAGGCGACCUGUUCUGGGUGCAGCGAGGAGAGACCCUGGGACCUUUAUCUUUUUGCUGUCUGUUAGAAGGGACGGCGUGCUGUGGACGGAGCAGGCAUUUCAGGGACACUUUUGCAAGCCAGGGGCUUUCCAUGUGAGUGAUCAUGCUUGGUCCCCAAUAGCCCUGUCUUCCCAGUGGUCUCUGUUGCCUGAGCAUCGGCGUUCUGGGACCAGCAGCCGCUGGGAUUCCUCCCCACCCCCUGGCCAUUGUCCGGUGUGAGGGGUCUGCACGGUCUCAGGCUGCCCUGCGCCUCGCAGGUGAGGCUGGUGGAGGCGUGGGUCCAGGGAAAGGACCGGCCGUGUUGUUUGAUGGCUUCUCUGAGGAGAGUCAAAGUGUUGUUGGUGUUGAACUUGAUCGCGGUGGCCGGCUUCGUGAUAUUUUUGGCUAAGUGCCGGCCUAUCGCGGUGCGCAGCGGGGACGCCUUCCACGAGAUCCGGCCUCGCGCAGAGGUGGCUAACCUCAGCGCGCACAGCGCCAGCCCCAUCCAGGAUGCGGUCCUGAAGCGCCUGUCGCUGCUGGAGGACAUCGUCUACCGGCAGCUUAAUGGGUUAUCCAAGUCCCUUGGGCUCAUCGAAGGGUAUGGUGGGCGGGGUAAAGGGGGCCUUCCUGCCACCCUUUCCCCCUCUGAAGAAGAAAAAGCCAAAGGACCUCAUGAGAAGUAUGGCUACAAUUCCUACCUCAGUGAAAAGAUCUCCUUGGAUCGGUCUAUUCCAGACUAUCGGCCCACUAAGUGUAAGGAGCUCAAAUACUCCAAGGAGUUGCCCCAGAUAUCCAUCAUCUUCAUCUUCGUGAAUGAGGCCCUGUCCGUGAUCCUACGGUCGGUCCACAGUGCCGUCAAUCACACACCCACACACCUGCUGAAGGAGAUCAUCCUGGUGGAUGACAACAGUGAUGAAGAGGAGUUGAAGGCUCCCUUGGAAGAGUAUGUCCACAAACGCUACCCUGGGCUGGUGAAGGUGGUACGCAAUCAAAAAAGAGAAGGCCUGAUCCGAGCACGCAUCGAGGGCUGGAAGGCGGCCACUGGCCAGGUCACUGGCUUUUUCGAUGCCCAUGUGGAAUUCACUGCUGGCUGGGCCGAGCCGGUUCUGUCCCGCAUCCAGGAAAACCGGAAGCGGGUCAUCCUCCCCUCCAUCGACAACAUCAAACAGGACAACUUCGAGGUGCAGCGCUAUGAGAACUCAGCCCACGGGUACAGUUGGGAGCUGUGGUGCAUGUACAUCAGCCCCCCGAAGGACUGGUGGGACGCCGGAGACCCCUCUCUCCCCAUCAGGACACCAGCCAUGAUUGGCUGCUCAUUUGUGGUCAACAGGAAAUUCUUUGGUGAAAUUGGUCUGCUGGACCCUGGGAUGGAUGUGUAUGGAGGAGAGAAUAUUGAACUUGGAAUCAAGGUGUGGCUCUGUGGUGGCAGCAUGGAGGUCCUUCCAUGCUCAAGGGUGGCCCACAUCGAGCGGAAGAAGAAACCCUAUAACAGUAACAUUGGCUUCUACACCAAGAGGAACGCGCUCCGGGUAGCCGAGGUCUGGAUGGAUGACUAUAAGUCUCACGUGUACAUAGCCUGGAAUCUGCCUCUGGAGAAUCCAGGGAUCGAUAUAGGUGACGUCUCAGAAAGAAAAGCAUUAAGGAAAAGUUUGAAGUGUAAGAAUUUCCAGUGGUACUUGGACCAUGUCUACCCGGAAAUGAGAAGAUACAAUAAUACUAUUGCAUACGGAGAGCUUCGUAACAAUAAGGCCAAGGAUGUCUGCCUGGAUCAGGGGCCGCUGGAGAACCACACAGCAAUACUGUACCCAUGCCACGGCUGGGGACCACAGCUUGCCCGCUAUACUAAGGAAGGCUUCCUGCACUUGGGUGCUCUGGGGACCACCACUCUCCUCCCGGACACCCGCUGCCUGGUGGACAACUCCAAGAGUCGGUUGCCGCAGCUCCUAGACUGUGACAAGGUCAAGAGCAGCUUGUACAAGCGGUGGAACUUCAUCCAGAAUGGAGCCAUCAUGAAUAAGGGCACAGGGCGCUGCCUGGAGGUGGAGAACCGAGGCCUGGCCGGCAUUGACCUCAUCCUCCGAAGCUGUACGGGACAGAGGUGGACGAUCAAGAAUUCCAUCAAGUAGCUAGAAGGAACGAGGGCACGUGGAGCCCAGACCCAGGACAGGGCCUGGCUAUCCUUGGAACCAGCCACCUGGUGGAGAGACAGCAGGCGCCCAGAGGGUGCUCAGUGGACCUCCCAGCGCCCCUCCAGGGCAGCCCUGGAUAAAGAUGCUAAAUCCCUCUCAGGCAUUCAGCCUGUAUACGUUGAAGAUCUCCCCUCACUCUUGUCUGAGAGACCAGGAGCUACAUCUUCUGGGUACCAGGGGGCGAGACUGCUCUUACCUCUCGACCAUAUCAUCUCCCACCCAGCACCAGCAGCUGGGUCUGGCAGGGUCCCUCUCUCUCUCUCUCUCUCUCUCUCUCUCUCUCUCUCUCUCCCUCUCUCUCCCCCUCCUUCCCUUCCUCCCUCUCCUCAUUCUUUGCUGCAGCUGCUUGUGAAACUCACCCUGGCCCUCCAAGAAAUGGAGGGACAUUGGGGGCUUUAACCACAUCCUAGCUCCCUCUUGGAGAAGGAGGAAGCAAUGAGACCCCAAGACUUCAUUUCUCCUGAGGACACUUUGGCCCCAGAUGCCUGUUUGUAUUGGAAGACAGCCACCAUCCAGACCUAACUAGCAGGGUGGCUUUGGGACAACAGUUCUGGACUCCUCUGGAUUCUUCUUGAGGUUCCCUGACUCAGUCAUCUGGAGUCCCAAAAGGAACAUCACCUGCCUGGGUCUAGAGGUUGUCAAAGUCAGCUAAGCAUGCAGGAUGCUCCCAGUACCUGGUCAGCACAGCCAGGGACAAGGUGUCCUGGUUUCACGGAGCAGCCAGGAUCUUCCAUGCAGGACAUAAGGGCUGAAGAAUCAGCCUAGCAAAGGGCACAGGGCCCUCCACGAUGCUUAGUGCUCAGUUGGUAUCACCCCCAGGCUCUGCUGACUGAUGGGGGACAGAAGCAGCAGUUUCCUCUUGUAAGAGUGAUUGCUUCUUUCCAAUUGCCCUCUGGUUAGGGUGCACUUAUAAAUCAGAGUUAAUAUAUGGAUGUGUCUGCAUGCACGGAAAAGCAAGAGUGUGCCUGCUUGGGUGAUGUGUGUGUGUGGCUGAGUGAUGUGUUUGUAUGCUUAAGCGUGUGAGUGUGCUAGAGAAGAAGUAGCUGUGUGUGGUCUUGGGCUUGUGGCUUCAUUGCUCACUGGAUGGGGACAAGGAUACCUAGAAGUUUGAGGGGUGGGGGUGGCCCCAUGUCCAUGGAUCACUGACCCAAAGGACAUGGCUGGGUCUUGCCUGCUAGGGUAUGCCUUCUCUGUCUCCCCAUCCCCAUCCACUACUGUCCUUGGCCAACUCCUGCCCAGAGCCAAACCCUGUAGGUGCCCAGUGUGGGAUCUAGUGUCUCAUUUGGUGGUAUCUCUAUUGGUGAUCAUCCCUUGCCCCAUCUCCCCUCCUUGUGAAAUAAAUAUGUUAGCAAUCCCACAACGCAAA